GUUUGAAACCACUGCUCUGCACCUCCGAUUCCCUUAUCAUCUGCCAAACUCAUACAUAUACAUAUAUAUAUAUAUAUAUAAUACCUUGGAUAUGCUCAAGCUGCGAAUAUAUCAUUAAUUUUAAGCUGGGUGUAUUAUAAAUUAUCAACUAUGUUCAUAAUAUUUUUGAAAUUCUUUCCCCAUAAUUAACUUUUCAGAUGGGUACAAAUUUAAUUUGGAGGGUUGUAGUUGUACUGCACAGCGUGAAACUAGAAUUAGAAAGCAAUUGAGUAGGAAUAGGAUUUAAUAAGACAGCAGAAAAUCAUGGUGAAGGUGCCAGCGCACUACGCCCAAGAUUUCCUGAUUCCAGCUCAAGCCACCAGAUCGACCUCCCUACGCCCCUCCUCGUGCCCACACGUGCCCGCCUCGUGCUCAUUGGGUGUUGACGGAUCCUACUUGGACCAAUAACACUCCUCCACAACUAUAAAACGUACAGCCUCCAACAAUCCAACGGAUAUGCCCUGAAGCUGCUGCUGCACUAUAAUCACUGUACUUAAACCCAGACUGGGAUACACCCAGCAUAUCCUUUCCCACUACCCACCCCAACCCUUCAUACCAUAAAAUACAAAACACCCCCUGUCUCUCUAUUUUCAUUUUGAUCUGAUUAAUAAAAAAAAUUGAGAGUUUCUAUGGUAUAUUCCUUAUAAAUUCUUGGGCUUUAUCCCAUUUAUUAAGGGAAGCCGCUAGCUUUUUAGGCAAUAAAACAAUCUCCUUCUGGAGAAAUAAGAAACGCUUUCUUUAUCCCCAACACUGAAAAAAGAAAUUCCAGAAAAUAAUUGAAAGGAUGAAUGGUUGUACGAGGAUGAAAAGAGUGACUGACCCGUUAGAUGAUAGGGUCAAGGCACGGAUCGUCGGCCGGGAUAGGACUGACCCGGGUUACGUCAGCAGCGGCAGCGAACACAGCGCUCACGCCGACGAUGACCUCGCCUCCCCUAGUUUAUCCGAGCUUUUCUUUGGUUUCGCCGUUGACGACGGCGCUGAUUCCUACCCGGAGAGCAAUAAUGACUCCGAUUCUGAGGCUGGUCGGUUUAUGUGUGACUCCAGCUUCAGAAAUGUGGAUUUCAUUAAGCCCAUUCUGCUGGACCGCACGGAUGAGUUUAGGAAUGUGCUUUUGGCUCAGGUUUUGAAGGCGGAGCAAGUUUUUUCCUGCCUCAAAUCGGAUAAGCAGAUUAUGCGGAGAAAUGUGAUGGCCUUCCUGCGGGGGUACGGUUACAAUGCCGCUAUUUGCAAGACGAAGUGGGAGAGUUCCGGCGGACUCACCGCCGGAAACUACGAGUUCAUCGACGUUCUGAGAAAGGAUUCGUCCACGCGAUACUUGGUAGACCUGGAUUUCGCUUCCGAGUUCGAGAUAGCGAGGCCGACGAAUUCUUACGGUCGGCUGCUGGAGUGCCUGCCUAGGGUUUUCGUUGGAAAAAGCGAGGAUUUGAAGCAGAUUUUGAAGGCUGUGAGCGACGCCGCUAAGGGGUCUCUGAAGAGCAGAGGCCUCCAUCUGCCGCCAUGGAGGAAACACCGCUUCAUGCAGAACAAGUGGCUGGGCUCUUACCGCCGCACGGGCAACCUAUUUCCUGCAUCGUUUUCUUCGCCAUCUCCGGAGAACAGGAGUUACACCGUGGAAUGCCGCGCCGUGGGUUUUGACACCGCCGUCAACGGAGGUCGUUUGUUACUUCAGGCGACAGCCCGUACGAGAUGAUUGGAGUUGAAUUAGUAAUGUACAUUUGUCGAAAUGAGUUGGUUUUUGGAAAAAAAAAAAUUGUCGUGUUUUAGCAGCAAAUAUUUUCAUAUACUUUGGGCGUUAUCCUAUCACAGUAGUGUACGCGGCAAAUGAACACUGUGUGCAUACCGCCAUGACGGCGCAAAAUAGCUGUUCACGUGCAGCGCAGGACAUUAUUCUUGGCUGAACCCACCCGCAUAAAAGAUUUUUGAUUCAAUUCAUAAUUUUUCAUUUCUCUUUCCAAACUAAAA